AAGUCUGAUCAUUCUUCUUCGCUAAGGGCAGCUAAGCACGCAAGCGCGCGACGUGACUAUCCAUACCUGAGAGUUCCUUUCGCACAAUCCCUUCAGUCGCUAUCAAGCUUCCGUACCACGACAAUGUAUAUUUCACCGACUGACAAGUCGCAACCCGUCACGGUCAUGUACGAUCACGAGAAAGACAUGCAGCUGAGCAUUCAACUGAAUCGAUGGAUAUUGAAACCGAUCGGUGCCUGGCCGAGAUCGGCCGAUUCCUCCUGGAUCAAGAGGUGCGUUCAUAUACUGGUGAAUUUGAUUUACACCUGCCUGAUCGGUUUCAUCUUCGUGCCGUGCGCUUUUUACAUCGUCCUCGAGAUCGAGGACACGUACAACACUUUGAAGUUCACCGGGCCACUGAGUUUCUGCAUCAUGGUCAUCGCCAAAUACUACUCGUUGAUCUUGCACAGCAGUAAUAUUCGCAGGUGUAUCGAUUACAUAAAGGACGACUGGAUAAAUACGCGGCAUCACGGUGACCGUAUGAUCAUGAUCAGGAAUGCGGAAUUCGGACGUCGCCUUGUGGCGAUUUCCGCGGUCUUCACCUACGGCGGCGCCGUGUUCUAUCAUAUCGCCAUGCCGAUCAGCAUAGGCAAGGUCACAGAGGAAGCUGAGAACCUGACGUACAGGCCGUUGGUAUAUCCGGUCGCUCGGGCGAUCGUCGAUACGCGUCAAAGUCCUGUCAGUGAAAUCUUCUUCUGCAUCCAAUGCGUGGCGGGUUUCUUCACGCAGGCUGUCACUGCUUCCGGCAGUAGCCUAGCAGCCGUUUUCGCGAUGCAUGCCUGUGGCCGCCUCGAGAUCCUGAUGCAAUGGAUCGUACAUCUGGUUGAUGGACGGGAGGAUUUGUGUGAUAACGUGGACGAAAGGUUGACCAUGAUUGUGCAGCAACAUGUACGCAUUUUGCGUUUUAUAUCGCUAACGGAAAAGGUACUGCACGAAAUAUCUCUCGUGGAAAUUGUAGGAUGUACUGUAAACAUGUGUUUUCUUGGAUAUUAUGUUAUUAUGGAAUGGGAAACGGGCGAACUCGCGAGUUACGUGACGUAUACUAUUCUGCUCAUAUCAUUCACUUUUAAUAUUUUCAUAUUUUGUUACAUAGGCGAACUCCUUGCCGAGCAGUGCAGGAAAGUCAGUGAGAUAUCCUACAUGAUCGAUUGGCAUCGUCUACCAGGCAAAAGGGCCUUAGCUAUUGUGUUACUAAUUGCAAUGUCCAAUUCAUCGAUCAAACUUACCGCUGGGAAUCUCGUCGAAUUAUCUCUAAGCAGUUUCGGUGAUGUGAUUAAGACGUCAGUCGCGUACUUGAGUAUGUUACGCACGCUAACUUCUUGAAAAUUCUUCGGAA